UCUGUGGAAUUAAAAAAUGAGGUCUGAUUUGAUUAGAAUUUUAUGGUUUUGUGAUUUGUUUCUUAUUUAAUUUAAAAGAGAUUACAACAUUUUUUAUAAUAUAUAUAGGUUUUAUUAGCAUUAAAAUGCCAUCUAAACAGAGAAAAAUUGCUAUGAUGGGUUAUAGAUCUGUUGGUAAAUCUUCUUUAAUUAUACAGUUUGUAGAAGGGCAGUUCGUCGAUUCUUACGAUCCAACGAUUGAAAAUACAUUCACGAAGUUUAUUCGACUGAAUUCUACUGAGUAUGAAGUCAAAUUAGUGGACACUGCAGGCCAAGAUGAAUACAGUAUAUUUCCGCUUCAAUAUAGUAUGGAUUUUCACGGUUAUGUACUAGUAUACUCUAUAACUUCAAGUAAAAGUUUUCAAAUAGUACAAAUUAUUUAUGAUAAAUUGCUUGAUAUGGUGGGAAAAAUACAUGUACCUAUAGUUUUAGUCGGUAACAAAACAGAUCUCCAUUUAGAAAGGAAAAUUAGUACUGAAGAGGGAAAAAGACUUGCAGAGAAGUGGAAAGCAGCCUUUGUUGAGACUAGUGCUAAACGUAAUGAGUCAGUCACAGACAUGUUCCAUGCUAUACUAUCAGAGAUAGAGAGGUCAGACGGACAUAUGCCAGAGAAAAAUGGAUGUGUUGUUUCUUAAUGCAUAUCUCACCAAAGUAUGUUCUUUAUAAGUUGAAGUGAAAUAGAUUUAAUAUAUGCAUAUUCACAGCUAUUUAUGGUGUAAUAUCAAUGUUGACAGGUUAAUUAAUGCUGAAUGUAAUGACUGCGUUUUUGUUGAUAGACUUACAUUUUUUGUAAUGUAACAUGUCACAAAGUGAGCAUUUAAAUAGUCAAAAGAAUUUCAAGUGUUCAAUCUGAUUUUUGGGGAAUCCUUUUGGGUAUUAAUAUCAAGAACUCUCUUGGAACAUUAUACCUAACACUAUUCUCUGAAAUCUUACAAGAAAACACACUUGUGUUCAAAUUCUAGUUAUUUACAAAAUUUGUAUAAAUUGUGGAAAGCUGUGCUUGAAGAAUACUUAAUAAACUUAAUAUAACUCUUAAGCGGGUAUUAAAAUUACAUGCUAUGGUUUUAAAGUUAUUUGUUCCAUUACAAUUGCAGCAAAACUUUAUAAAAUCUUGUUUGGCCAUAUGUUUAAACUGUUUUGUACAUAGUAGUUCUCUUAAUUGUUCACUUCAAAAAAGAAAAAUAUGAAUCUUAUUUUGAAAAUAAUAAGAGCCAUUAAAAACAGAAAUGUAUAUUUAUAAUUUAUUUUAGUUAUUUUAACAUAAUUUAAUAUAUUUGAUGGAUAUUGCCAAAGUGCCCAAAUUAUGAAAUUUUCACAAUAAUUAAUACCUUUUACAAUAAAUUUUUUUCACCAGGUAACAAAAUAUGCAAUAGUAUUAAAUGAUCAUUUACUUUCUGUAUGUACCACUAUAAUAAGCAGUGAUAAUGGCUUCGGUAUUUUACUGUUUUAACUUAGGUUAUUUAUAGCUUAUAGCUAAGCAGAGAUAGGUGGACAGUAAAGGUACAUUUGGGAAGCAUAAUUUUCCCUUUCUCUACUUCUCUUAGUGCAAUGUGGGUGUUCUCCCAAAUCAAAAAUUACAUUAAAAAUUCUUUGAGCUAAAUAUUUUCUUUCUAAUAUCAAACAUUUUAUUACUCCAUAACAUCUACAGCCAUUUUGUUAUUCCUUGUUUACUCCCCGCGAUUCUGGUUGCGCCAAUGGAUUUAGCGCAUAUGAAAAGUGAAAAUAUUGUCAAUUCUUCUAAAUUUGCUUUCUUUGCUGUUAUAAAUAAUUUAAUGAAAAAGAUAUUGAUAACAGACUAACAGUAAAUAUUAGUAGUUAUUAAUGUUCUGUUACUGAAAGGAUAUUCAGAUUUAUAUAUUGAUAUUUUGUAAGUACACCUCAAAUAUUUUUAUAGUAUCAGAUUUUAUUUCACUUUCAGAAUUUCAAUCCAAAUACUCAAAAGAAAUUUAAAACAGAGUAAAUAAUAUAUUUAUUUUUAAUAAUUUAACUUAUUUUUAAUUGGUUAUGAUGAAAGUUUUGUUUUUUUUUUUUAACUGAAAUAUACAUUUUGUAAAUGUCAGAUGAGAUCAGUUUAAAGACUUUUGAAAACUGAACAGUCCUAGAAGGCAGUUUUUUGUACAAGAAUAUAAAAUACUUAUUGUAUAGUGUAACGCACAAAAGCAAUUAAAAAUACAAUAAUAUCCUGACCUUCUGCAAUAAGUAGGACUUAGUGAUAACCGCUUAAGUCGAAUUUGUUUAUGUCAGGGUAUAAUUGCUGGCGCAUUUCUGUGAGCUCCUAUGCACAUUAGCUGAAAAUUUGUGUCAGAACAGUCGGAGUUAUAUGGUAUUUAAACAAUCCAUCAAUGAGAUUUGAAAAUCGUCUAAAUCUAGAUUCGUGUAAGUCAAGGUACUACUGUCUUGUGUGGCGAAAGAACCUGACUCUCCCUCGUCUGCGUUGGCUUUAGGGCAUAAUUCACGUUAUAUUAUGUAGGAAAAGUUUGUUCUCUGUUUAAGUAAGAAAGAAUUAGAUGGUGCAAAAGCGAGACUACAUUUUGAACUAGUAACUUCUGUAAAACCAAAGGUGCUAGAAAUGCCCGCCACAUUUUAUAAGAAUGGUACAUGAAGUGUGAUUAAUGUAUGUGUUAAGAAAAAAGAAUAGUGAUAUAGCUCUUAGUUUUGAGCGGAAGCCUAGGGCUAAAAUGGUGAUUCUAGAUGGACUAUGUACCUGGUUAUUAUCAGGCUUCACUUAACUGAGGGUAUUAUGUAAGAAUUAAAUGAAGUUACUGCCUUAAGUUUGGGUAUAGUCAAGUAUAGAUGAAGGAAUUCGCAUGAUGCACUUGUAUCUCCUGGAUAUCCUGGAAUCGAUAUGAUACUAGAUAGCUAGAAUUAAUUGUUUGUUCUGAAGUAUGGAUUUCAUCUACACGUGCAUGUUUUCAGCAUCAAUGCUUUGCACAUUAAUGCCGUCAUUUAAAUUUAGUGGACUUAAUGACACAUUUCAUAAAAAAAUCUUGUGUGCUAAUCAGUCACUGUAACUGUGUUAGUCACCACAUACCUCGUGUCGUACUGUGACUAGUAACUUCUGAUAUAGUUAACUGUGAAUUUCAAGUAAUAUUAGAUUUUUAUCGGGACUUGCAAGGCUUUAAUUUCUCAUUUCUUAACGGCAACUUAUUAUCUUUAUUACGGAUAAAUAAUAUUGACGUUAAAUAUGUCUGGAUCAUUUGAAAAAUGUCUUACUACAAUUACGUAAACUUAUUUAGUUCAAAAGUAGUAGAUUGUUUUUUGUUAUUGCUAUUGUUUUUAAGGGACUGUUUGAUAUAUUUUAUAAUAUUUUCUCAAUUGAACAAUAUUUUUUGUGUGUAUAUUUCGCGACUGGACAGAUUUUUGCAAUCGAUAGAGUUCACUCCCGUCUUGGUCCCAUUACGUUUUGUCACGAUUGCACUCGGUUGCUUAUUUAAGAAAAAAUCUUAGAAAAUUAUUUGUAUGGAGUUUGAUUUUACAAUAAUAAUAAGUUUGUGACGAACACAGUCAUUACUUAUGAUCAAAUAUUCCUCAUUAAUUUAGCCAUAUUAAUAAAAAAUGAUGUCUUUAGUAUAAACACUAAUGCUAUCAAUUGUAUAAAAUGUAUAAAUUUGUACAUUUAUUUAUAGAUAAGUUAUGUUUAUUGUUUUAAGAUGGGAUACAUAAUUAAUUAAAUGUUGCAUUUAGUCUAAGUAUAGUGAGUGUUUUUGAAAAAAUAUUAUUUUUAUUGAUGUUAUGCCAUUGUUCAAUGCCGCCGUGCAUUAGUAGGUAUCUUAAUUUGUAGUUACACGAUAGGAUAUUAGACUACUAAUAGGAAAUAAUUUUGUAUGAUACUUUAAUAGAGUUAGUAGACUCUACAGGAAUACUUUUUAUGGAAUGUUAUUGAUAAAGAAAUACUUCGUCUUUAAUAAAAAAAAAAAAAAACUCUAUGCACAGUCAGUGUGAUGAAAUACAUCUGACAUAGGGUCAAAUUUUAUAUCAUUUUACAAGAGUCAAAAUCAAUUUAUGAUCAUACAAAUCAAUAAACAAUAAGUAAUACUAUAUGAGGCCACAUAACAUAGAUUCGAUAAUAGUACUUACUUCAGUUUUGUUUUCGUUAAUGCUUAUUUCAGAAAAUAAAACCAAUUUUGUUUUAACUGGAAAAGUGUGUUUUCAAAGUUGCAGAAAAAUUAUAAACUAUUUCCUAUGGAGAGUUUAAUAGCCUAUUGUGAAUUGGAAAUUAUUUUUCACGUAAAAUUAAGCAAUUGACAGCAGUUUAAUAGUUUUAAGAUUGGCCGACAAUUGAGACUGAUAAUAAUAUUAUUCUCAAUUGUAAAUGCAGCUACUUAUUUAAAUAUUAGAUAAAUAUAUAAGAUUUUGAUAAAAUUUUAUCAAUUAACAAUUUCAAGGUUUUGUUUUGGACUCCUAGACUAUGUAAAAACUGUGACAUUUAGAUUAAUUUUAUUAGUAUGUCGCCACAUCAUAUGUAUCGUCAUGUAUGAAUAAUAUUACUACCUAUUUCUUAUGUUUUAUUCUUACCUAUUAUAUAUACUGUGUACCAAAUAUUUUAAUUAUGUAGUUACGGGUAUUUUUCUUUUGUAAUAAUACUAUAAUUUUAGAAUAUGUAUCUAUAGCGAAAGUUUUAUUUAUAAAACGCUUUAUUCAUUUUAAAAUUCUUUUAUAUGACGAAUGUCCUUUUUAUUACAACCUAUGGACAAAGGGAAUAAAUUGAUAGACUUUGGUAAAUAAUUUGUGUGUAAUCGCUCCACAUUAUUGGCAGAUUUAGUAGUAGAGUGGAACCUAGGAUGGCAAAUUUGGCGAUCAUUUUUUUUUUUUUACAAUUCAUAGUAACAAUUUCAUUGAUAAAAAAAAUUGUUGAGGUCAGUAAGAGUGGCUAACUUUGAACGGCCUAUUGGCAAAUGUAUAAAUCCCUCAUUGCUCCGUAUCUUAGGUUACAUAUGGUGGCUCAAUUGUUUAAUGUCUAUUAUAUGAAUGCAUAGCUUAAUGCUACUUGUAAAUGAAAUGCUCUCCAUCAAUAGAUAUAAUACUGGCCUAAAUAGAAUAUUAAGACAGAUCUCACAAACUAUGUUUUUUCUAUCUUUUCUGUCACUUAUUAAAUCCAUGAAACUAUUUCUUAAUUUUUAUGUGAAUACUUGUCAUUUUCAGCUUUUGUUAAUAUUAUCUGUAAUUAUCUACUUACAUUUAUUUUUGUGUAUAUGUUGUAUAUACGGUAUUUGUGUGAUUUAAGUGCACAGUGUAAUCAUGUUAUUAUACUAAUUUUGUGCUUUUGCAACUCAGUGAAAUAAUAUUUAUUUUAGAUGAUGAAUCUUUAAUAAACAACCUUCACUCCUUCAAUUUUGUAAAUAAAUUUACUUCAAAACUGUAAAUUUCUGUCUUUACUAUAUUAAAAAUAAAUACUGCUGUAUUGCAUA